ACACCACGCCGCACUGCGAAAUUCUUACCAAAAGGCCAUUAUGCAUAGCGUUUGGCGGGCCUACCUCCAUGGUAAAUAGUGUCAAGCAUUUGUUCCCUUGGCACUUCUUAUCCAAAUCUCAGCCUCAUCCUCAAGAGUGUGGUCAAUGAAGCAAUGGAAGACACGACAUGGGAGCAGAGACUUCAAGCCCUAACCCAUCUUCUAACCAGCCCCACAACCACACCACCUCUCUACUCUCAGUUCUUCAUCUCUACACAAAUCCCAUGCUAUCUCAAAUGGGACUAUCCACCCAUCCUCUGCACCAAAGACCCCAAGACUUUCCCUUCUCUCCUUCUAAGGUGGGGAUUCUCUCUCUUUCUCAAAAGAGCCUCCAGAUUAGGAUGUCCUGAAACUUCGUGGAGGUCCAAGUGCCCAUACCAACAGCCUCCACCAUUAAUUCUUGCAAAGGGAUUAGAGGAAGCACAGUGGGGCGAUGAACAAAGAAGAGAGUAUGUUAGAAAGAGGCUUAGAAGGAAAAAACUUGUUAGUAACGUUAACCCUUUCAUUCCUAUUUUAGUUCCCAAUCUUUUACUGUUUUCACUUAUGCUGUGGAACCCAUUUCCUGAUCUUGAUUCUUGAGAAAUGUCUUGCGGGAUUGUAGCACGCAUGUGCAAGCCAUCUUUCACUAAUUUCGGCAUUAAUUUUGAAUUUGUUAUCAUUUUGACUUUUGUUAAUUGAAUUCCGAUUGUUUCUCCUA